GGACAAAUGAAGAAGAAAUAAACUUUGUGUAAAUGUGUAUUUUUUCACCUUUCUAAUAAAAAAUCCCAAAGAAAGUGAUUAAACGUCUAUUUUGAGUUUAAGAAUUUAAUAUUAUAAAGAUAUGUUUUUAUUUUCUGUCCUCUGGCUGAAAAUCAGGAGAUUUAAGCAGUUUUUAUCAGACACGGGUCAUGUCUGCAGGCUGCUGGAUGAAGAUGCUCAGCGGGUUUUACUAUCUGUUGCAUCAUCACUGAUUCUGCCGCUACAUGGUCGCACAUGCGCACACACAUGUAGCGUUACAAGACAAUGAGCUCGCACUGGCUGCUUUCCUAUUGGCUCUUAAGCAUCGGACGGCGGAAAGUCAGCUGUGCUGACCAGGCCAGGAGGAGCAGAUGCAGGCACUGCUUCAGGAAGUCGGCACGAGAGGAGACCUACAGAUGGGUAGCAGCGCGCGUGUGAUAAUCAUUUCCGAAUGAGGAAGCGAUUCCUUUCAUCCUUUGUCUCUUCCGGUUGAUAGUCAGAGUAAUUAUUACAUAAAUCAGUCAAUAAAUAAAGCGUCAUGGUUGCCGGGGAGCUCGUGCAGGAGCACCUGCGCGCGGAUACCGGCGUACCUGACGACAUCCUGGUCGGCAGGAAGAGUCCCGGACUGGACGGAGCUGCUGAUCAGUUCUCGGAUUUGUCGCAUGGAGCCGCUUCGGCGGGCGGGGAAAUAGAUAGGAGCCGAGAGCGCGCGGCGCUGCCUGAUGAAAAAGAGGCGAUGCUGCCGCGUGGAAGAGCAGAGGAGGAGGAGAAGAGGCUGGAAACCAGACUGUACCGGCGCCGCUUCGCGGUUCUGGCCGUUUUUAGUCUGUACUCUCUGGUUAACGCCUUCCAGUGGAUCCAGUACAGCAUCAUCACCAACGUGUUCACGCGCUUCUACCGCGUGACCAACGACAAGGUGGACUGGCUCUCCAUCGUUUACAUGGUGGCCUACAUUCCGCUCAUCUUCCCGGCCACCUGGCUGCUGGACCGGAGGGGUCUGCGGUUAACGGCCCUGCUGGGCGCCGGCCUCAACUGCGCCGGCGCGUGGCUCAAGUGCGCCAGUGCGAGCCCAGAACGGUUCGCCGUCACCGUCACUGCGCAAAUUAUCUGCUCCGUAGCGCAGGUCUUCAUCCUUGGGUUACCGUCCCGCAUUGCCUCGGUCUGGUUUGGACCCAGAGAAGUCUCCACCGCGUGCGCCACGGCCGUGCUGGGAAACCAGUUGGGGACGGCCAUCGGCUUCCUCCUGCCUCCAGUUCUGGUUCCCAACACCCCUGAUGACGUCGAACUAACGGGUCACAACAUCAGCAUCAUGUUUUACAGCACAGCCGCCGUCUCCACGGGCCUCUUCGUCCUCACUGUUAUAGUCAUUAAAGACCGACCUCACCUCCCUCCCAGCCAAGCCCAGGCGGUUUUACCGGGCUCCCCUCUGGAAGAUUACUCCUACAAACAGUCCAUCAUCAACCUGAUGAAGAACAAAGCCUUCGUCCUGCUGCUCAUCAGCUAUGGUAUCCUGACAGGAUCCUUCUACUCAGUCUCAACUCUUCUCAACCAGAUGAUCAUGGCCUAUUACCAGAACCAGGAACUGAAUGCUGGCAGAAUCGGCUUGACUCUGGUGGUCGCUGGGAUGGUCGGCUCCAUCCUCUGUGGCAUUUGGCUUGACAACACAAAGACUUACAAAAUUACAACUCUGGUCGUCUAUAGCCUGUCCUUUCUUGGCAUGGUGGUCUUCACCUUCACUUUGGACCUCAGUAACAUCUACCUGGUCUUCUUCACUGCCGGAAUUCUUGGGUUCUUCAUGACAGGAUACCUCCCCCUUGGGUUUGAGUUUGGAGUGGAGAUCACUUACCCCGAGUCUGAGGGGACUUCUUCAGGACUCCUCAAUGCUUUCGCUCAGAUCUUUGGGAUCAUUUUCACUUUGAUUCAGGGAAGACUGACCACAGACUUCAGUCCACUGGCUGGAAAUCUCUUCCUCUGCUCCUGGAUCUUCUUAGGGGUUUUUCUAACAGCAUUAAUAAAGUCUGACCUGAAAAGACACAACAUCAACAUGGGAACAGACAGCAACAACUUGAAAGCAAUUCCUGCUGGGGAUUGCCCUUCAGGAAAAAAUCCCAACGGAGUCUCGUUGGAAACCUCAGUCAGUUUCUUGCGUGAAACCUCACUGUGAGCUGCCAUGGCCAGAUAAAUCUGAAGCUACCUGGGAAAACAUGAUGACUUUUUGUUGCCAACCGCAGGAAAAAUUUGAGGCUCUGGACCUGAGCCAAGUCUAAUAAAGCACAGCCAAAGUCUACAGUGGGUUCAGGCCAGGUGGCCAUCACCUCUCCAUCAAAGUAGUUGAAUCCUCAGAAGUUUAGGUUUCCUAGCUGGAGACUGAAUGAUAUGUAUGCAAGCAUUGACCUGCAAAAAAAGUUAUGCUGCACUUUAUGUCCCUUCUUUAUGACUGCAGUUUCCAAGGAAACAAGAUGGGAUGUGGACGGUGUCUGUCGUAGGACCACAGUCAUUCUGCUGCAGCCGCUGAGCUCAACAGUGGAGCAACAUUUACUGAGUUUACUUGAAUUAUCCUAAACUGCAGCUGCUGAUGUCUGUACAUAUCUUCAGAAAGCAGCUGUAAUGAAUAUCCAACAUCUUGAUUUAGCACGUGUAGUAAUAGUUGGACAAAGUGUCUGAUGACAGCCAUUAGCCUUUGGACAUGAAAGUAGACGCACCUUUGUCUGAUUUCCAGAAACCCUCACAGGUUUUCUCUUUUUUUGACAGAUUUACACACAAAUGUGCUUUUUAUUUUUUUGUUAGUUUUUUUCAAGUGUUCUUGUAAAUGACACAUUGAUGAAAUGUCUGUGGAGUAUAAAAGCUUCCUUUUUAACCAAAUCAAAACAAAAUCUAAUCAUCAAAAUUUAUUUACAAAGCACUUUUAAUACAUAAGUAGCACAAAGUCCUUCACAUAAUAAAGUGCACCAAAAUGUUUGUAAAUAAAAAAUAACAAACAGCAAUUAAAAAUAAACAUACCCUCUCUCUCUCUCUCUCUCUCUCACACACACACACACACACACCCAAAGCAACCUCCCCAUCUCUUAACAUAAGAAUAUAACCUGGCUUGACUACUGUGAUGAAACGCUAUCUUGGGUAUCUGUUCACACCAUUAGCCACCAUGAGUACAGAGGCUGCUACCACAGGGACAGCCCAGGUCCGGUGCAGGGGCCCCUGGCCACCCAGACCACAGCCGUCCCCAUGGCAACAACCCUGCAGACCAAGCAGGCAAAGGUCUCAGCAUGGAGGUCCCCAUGAGGAAUAACCUGGGA